UUGUCGCCUCACCUUUGCGCCCGCCGGAGGGAGUUUACUGCGGCCGGGGAGAUGUCGCUGCUGCGGUCACUGCGUGUGUUCCUGGUCGCGCGGACCGGGAGCCACCCGGUUGGGUCUCUUCUGCGUCAGUCGCCCCAGCCACGGCACACAUUUCAUGCUGGGCCCCGUCUGUCUGCCUCGGCCUCCAGCAAGGAGCUCCUCAUGAAACUGCGGCGGAAUACAGGCUACUCCUUUGUAAAUUGCAAGAAAGCUCUGGAGACUUGUGGCGGGGACCUCAAACAGGCAGAGAUCUGGCUCCACAAGCAGGCCCAGAAGGAGGGCUGGAGCAAAGCUGCCAAGCUCCAAGGGAGAAAGACCAAAGAAGGCCUGAUUGGGCUGUUGCAGGAAGGAAAUACAACUGUAUUAGUAGAGGUAAACUGUGAGACGGAUUUUGUUUCUAGAAAUUUAAAAUUUCAACAGUUGGUCCAGCAAGUAGCCCUUGGAACCAUGAUGCAUUGUCAGAGCCUAAAGGAUCAACUCUCUACAUACAGUAAAGGCUUCUUAAAUUCCUCUGAGCUUUCUGGACUUCCAGCUGGGCCUGACAGAGAAGGCUCACUCAAGGAUCAGUUGGCUUUAGCAAUUGGAAAACUGGGAGAAAACAUGACUCUUAAACGAGCUGCAUGGGUGAAGGUGCCAUCUGGGUUCUACGUUGGCUCUUAUGUCCACGGAGCAAUGCAGAGUCCCUCACUUCACAACCUGGUGCUGGGGAAGUAUGGGGCCCUGGUCAUCUGUGAGACGUCUGAACAGAAAACAAACCUUGAAGACAUUGGCCGCCGCCUUGGGCAGCAUGUGGUGGGCAUGGCCCCCCUCUCUGUUGGCUCCCUGGAUGAUGAGCCUGGGGGAGAGGCAGAGACUAAGAUGUUGUCCCAGCCAUACUUGCUGGAUCCCUCCAUUACCUUGGGGCAGUAUGUGCAGCCUCAGGGGGUGUCGGUAGUAGACUUUGUGCGGUUUGAAUGUGGAGAAGGUGAAGAGGCAGCAGAAACUGAAUAGGUUCUAGAGACUUUCGGCCCAGGAGGAAUAUUUAUUUUUAGCUCUGGACGUCAUUACAAAAAGUAUUUCCCAAGCCUCUUCAGACCGAGAAUGUAUUUUUCAUUUGAGUUACAACGAGAUUAUAGACUUCAUGGGUAAAAUUAUUAAAUAGUUAUAUAAUAAAAAUAAUUUUUUCCUUGUUUGCAUAAUACUGGGUUUAGCUUUUCUGUGCCUUUCAAAAAUAACGGGCGGGCCUUAUUGACGUGAUUGACAGUGUCUUGGAGAACAGGUAUCAACAAUACUGCUGCUCCCUUCAACAUAGAUUUAUUAUGGUGUUUCUGAAAUUUCUAACUUACAUGUUCUGUCUUCCACCUUUUAUGACAUAGAAUUCUUUUCUGUUUUUGCUUUGCGAUACUGUGGACCAUGCUUCUGCCUCGGAACCUCCCUAGUUAUAUUACUUCUGCCACAUGAAAUUCUUUGGGAUUACUGAUUCAAACCUAGAGUUGUCUGGAAACUGUGGGUUCUCUUCUUUGUGAUUGUCUGUAGCGUGCUUUGAAGGUGCUCUGCAGUGGUAGGCACGCUGGUUCUGGCUUCAUUUAAUUAAAUUAAUAACACAUGCCUCUGUUUCUCUUUUGGAUAAUAUGUGGGUGGGUGAGUACUGAGGUUUCCUGGCCAGCUGUAAGGCAGAUUUUGACAUUCUUGUGCCAGAAACAGAAAUUAGAGUAGUCCGGUUAUCCAGAGAGGUCACUUAACAUUGCCUCUUUAUUUCCCCAGUACUGAAACAUUUCUUCCAACAUAACAUAAAAUUACCAUAACAAGCAAACCCAGAAUACUGAAAAUAACCGCAUUUGUUCAUUAGAGGUAUCUUUAUUUGAAAAGUUAAAAAUGCUUUGAAAUGAUUUACAGGUUAAAUAGAUUUUAGAAAUAAUGAUCUUAAAAUUGAAAACAAAGGUAGGUCCUGGUAUAAUACUAAACAAAGUUAUUAAACAUUUUGAGCAUU